AUGGAGCAAUUCAGGUCAGUCAUGCAUGAAGGUAAUCUAUAUGAUUUGGGUUGGAAAUGGGAAAAAUUCACUUGGAGUAAUUCUCAUGGGGAUGAUUCUUUUACCAAGGAAAGACUGGAUAGGGCAAUGACUAAUUCAGUAUGGUCCACUCUUUACAAAGAUACAUGGGUGGAGGUGUUGGCAGCAAGAACAUCAGAUCAUAAACCCCUAUUGAUGCACAUCCUGAAGCUGAAAGGUAAGAGGUGGGAAAGGAAGAGAUGGUUCAAGUAUGAGGCAGGUUGGGCACUAGAAGAAGAAUGUGAGAGGAUCAUAAAGGAAGUAUGGGAAAAGAAAGUAACAGCAGCCCCUCAAGCAAGCUCUGUGAUGGGUUUAUUAUAG